AUGCGACUCAACCCCGCAAAGUGUGCCUUCGGUGUCAAUUCGGGCAGAUUCCUCGAGUUUAUCAUACAUGAAAGGGGAAUCGAUGUGAACCCCAAAAAGGUAUGGGCAAUUGUCGACAUGCAGGCCUCUCGGACAAUUAAGGAGUUGCAGCGCCUGAACAGAAGGCUCGCCGCCAUGUCAAGGUUCCUAUCCCGAUCGAGCGACCGGUGCCUCCCCUUCUUUUGGGCUCUGAAGGACCCCAAGGACUUCGCGUGGAUAGCGGAAUGCGAGGAGGCUUUCGCCCACGUGAAGGAGCAUCUAGCGUCGCUCCCUUGCCUCGCUUCAGUGUCCCCUCAGGAAAAGCUGGGUGUCUACUUGGCCGCCUCUCGGCAUGCAAUAAGUUCUGUCCUGAUCAAGGAGGCUUUUGGAGAGCAGCUACCAAUUUACUACACUAGCCAUGUCCUUAACGGACCCGAGGAGCGAUACCCUCUGAUCGAGAAACUAGCGCUGGCGCUCGUAUUGACCGCCCGGAAGCUGCGCCCCUACUUCCAAGCUCAUCCGAUCGAGGUAAUCAUCAACCAGCCGCUCCGGCAGAUUUUGUCUAAAUUUGACCUUGCAGGUCACCUCCUCAAGUGGUCAGUAGAUCUUGGGGAGUUCGAUAUUCAGUACGUCCCGAGGACCGCCAUCAAAGCACAGGCGGUGGCCGACUUCAUCUCAGAACUGACUCAGCCCGAGGGCGAGGAUCCGGAACGCAUGAAGGCGGAAUGGCUCCUCUACGUGGAUGGAUCAUCCGGCCGAAAAGGCGCGGGGGCUGGGCUGGUGCUAGAAGCCCCCGAUGGGCGCUUGUUCAAGUGCUCCCUUCGCUUCAGAUUCAAGGCCACCAACAACGAGGCGGAGUACGAAGCACUGCUGGUGGGGCUCAGACUAGCUGUCGAAAUGCAAGUGGGCGACAUACACGUCCUCAUCGACUCGCAGCUGGUAGCCGAGAAGCUCACCGGCGGGUAUGAGGCCCGGGACCCAACCAUAUCGAAGUAUCUGGCGGAGAUAAGAGCUCUCGCCGCCCACUUUUCCCGCUUCACAUUAUCCAGGGUGCCGAGACGCCAGAACGAGCGGGCGGACACGCUGGCAAAACUGGCCUCGAGAUCGGGUCCCGAGGGCGAGCCCGACGUGGAGGAACUCCCCACCCGCGUCAUCAUGGUCGUAGUGGUGGCCACCGCUGGCCCACCAACAACAUGGGUGCAGGAGAUGUUACAAUUCAAACGUUAUGGGACGCUUCCUGAGGACGAAGCCGCGGCUCGACGCCUACGCCGGACCCAAGCCUGGUACUGUGAAAUCGACGGACGGUUAUACAGGAGGUCGUAUUCAUGCCCCCUCCUGCGCUGCCUGGAGCCCGAAGAGGCUCAGUCAGUUCUUGCCGAGGUCCACGACGGGAUUUGCGGUGAGCACAUAGGUGGGUGCACCCUGGUGUUCAAGGUGCUCCGUCAAGGGUACUAA